CACGCUGACCCUAACGCCUCCCCCGAGAUUGGGAAAAAUGUCUUACGCGGUGGAAACCAAAAAGCGCAAGUUCCACCGUGUUCUCGAAUCCCUGACGAAGCCCUCCUCGACACCCGCACCCUCCAAGUCAGCCAUCCCCGGAACCCCCACGCCCGCACGAGAACGUACCUCCCCCGAACAUUCCAGCAAAAAGGCUCGCUUGGACUUCAGUGAGCUUCCAUUCGCUCGUAGCUCUCUUCUGAGCACACCCCGCCCGAGUUCGCGAGCCUCGAAUAACUCCACAACGCCGUCGCGCCCCAGCUUUGUCCCAUGGGACCGUGAGCGCUUUCUGGAGCGAUUGGAAACCUUCCGUCGCGUGGAUCGGUGGGCACCCAAACCGGAGGCAAUCAAUGAGGUGGAAUGGGCCAAGCGCGGCUGGAUCUGUAACGAUGUAGCGCGCGUGAUCUGCGUGGGCGGGUGCGGUGGCUCGGUCGUUGUCAAAUUGCCGGACGAGCUGGACGAGCUGGACGGCUUCGAUGCGGAGAAGGUACAGGAGAGGAAGCAAGUCCGUACAAGGCUGGUGGAGGAGUAUGUGGGACAGAUCGUCACAGGGCAUGGUGAGAAUUGUCCCUGGAGGAACAAGGGGUGCGAUGCCACGAUCCAUCGGUUGCCAUUGUCCAACCCAGAUACGGCAAUCUCCGGACUACGCACGCGCUAUUCCAACCUGGUGAAGAUGGCAGAUCAAUUACCGGAGUACACCACUAUCCAGACCCCGGAAUCGCUUGAUAUAGACGCGAUCAUCGGCACUCUUCCAGCGGAUUUCGGAAGCAGCGAAAAGCCCCAAGAAGACAUCGGAACACAGACCCAUCAAGAGACUGAGAUUGGCCAGGACUCGGACCAGACAACCUCCUCCAGCGAAUUGUCUAUCAACAAAACCGCUUUUGCGCUUGCCUUAUUCGGUUGGAAUAGUGUCCCAGACGGGACAGCUGGCCUAGCGGGCUGCAGUGUGUGUUUCCGGCGGUUGGGUCUUUGGAUGUACAAACCGAAGGCCAACGGGACUGCUGCUCUCUACGACUCACUCGAUGUGGCCAUUGAACACAUGGAAUACUGCCCGUGGGUCAACGGAACCGCACAGAGCGGCACUGGACGGGCAUCCGAAAAGUCGGAGAACCUUCGUUGCGGGUGGCAGCUCUUGAGCCAGGCGCUCGAGGUACGGCAUCGCCGCCAAGUUCGAUCGACCGUUUCUAUUUCAAGUCGUGCUCCAUCCGAGGCUCCUUCGACGGACGAACUGGCAGUUGACGACGGCAACCCAGAGGCCAAAAAGGCUCGCGAUCGCGAAUGGUGGGCCAAACUUCGGCGCAUGCGACAAGUGCUGAACGUCAAGUCUCCCAGGAAGAAGUCCGUUUCUCAGUAACUCGUUUGCUCCGCUUUAUACCAUUCUCUUUUCCUUUUGUGUCAACCCACCUAUUACAUCUUUAUGCAGCGUGGCGUUGACGGCAUUUGUAGGCAUAGUUUUUUUUUAUUUCUGUGGUUUAUCAUUGACAUAUUGUUUUAUCAUGGGCAGAGCGAAGAAAGGAUCAUGAUAUAGGCAGGGAACGAUGCGUUUAAUGCUGGCACAAGAUGCAAGCGAAUCCCUAGCAUUUUCUCUUUUCUACUACAGAGCGAUGAUCAGUGGGCGGGACAUGUGAUGCUAC